AUGCUUUCAAGAACAGCCGGCUCAGGCCUGGGGGCCGCAGGUCUCUGCAGGUUGGCGGUAACAAAACAACCCUUAAUCACAAACCAAAGAUGCUUCUCACAGACACCAUCUCGCCAAGCAACCGUCAUCAGAUUCUCCAAGACCCGCAAACCCGAACUCAACCAACUACUCACCAUCAUGCGAGACAAGAUCCUGCUCCCAUACUACAUCCCCGCCGAUCAGCGCAAGCUCCUCGUUCGUACGAGUAACAAGGAGAAGCUCGCCAAGAACCCCAUUGUAUUGGAGGUCGACGGAGAGAUCUACAAGUUUGGCUAUAGGAACCCCGCCGUCGACAACCCGAGCCCCCGCGACACCAUCAUGAAGGCCAUCAAGUUGAUGGAUACGGACAGUGACUUCAACAACCUCAACCUCCUGCUCGAGGGCUUGCACUCAGUCGCCAAGGUAAAGUGGCAGAAGCCCUGGGAUAUGACCAGGAUUGUGCGCCGGGCCGGCUACCACGGCCAGAUCCUCAAGAUCCUCGAGGCGGCGCGGCGCGUCGAGGCCACCGGCGUGAAGCUGGACGACGCCGAGGUCGUCUCUGAGGUCAUGUACUGGAUCCAGGAGAGGGCAUAUGGCCUAAGGCCCCAGGCCGAACACUGGAGCCAGAAGGGCACCGCUCAGGCCUUGAAGUGGGCCGACAUGGUGGUCGACAUGCUGCACCUGCCCGAGCACAAGCCGGCGGUCACGCCCCAGGGCCAGCCCCGCGGCCUGGCUUUCAUGUACGACCCCAAGGUGAGGGGUGCGCAGCUUCACCUCGCCGCCGCGUUGGCGUCCAAGCACCCGCAACCCGAACAGCCCGAUGUGGACGCCGCACAGAGGAAACGGGUCACUGAGCUCGCCAAGGGUCUGACCCAUUCGUGGCCUGCCGGCAAGGGCCUGCGUGAGAUUCACCCGCCCAAGAUCGGGAAAAAAGGCUACCUCUACUUUAUGACCAAUGACGCUGGAUUCCUUCGCGUGGCCGCUCCCAUCCUCCACGGUCUUGAGUUGGCCAUCGAGAUUGUUGAGCCUGAGCUUGCAGAGCAGCUCCAGUCAAGGCGAGAUGCGUUGGCGGCUGAAGUGGACGAGGUCAUAGCAAAGGGGCCCGAGAAAGUGGUGAAUGGUUUGAGAACUUAUGACGCUCUGUUUGGUACGCAGCACGCUCCCACAGAUUUGAAAUGGGAACCGGAAACGAAGGCGGAGGCUGAAGCAGAGGCAUAA